AUGGUGAAACUGGGUGUGAAGACGUUGAAAACGGUGAAAGAGGUGCGUGUGGUUCUGCCUGAAGAGGAGUAUUUGGGCAAGUUGCAAGACAUCAUCGUUCGUGACUAUUUUCCUGAGUUACCCAAAUUAAAGGUGAUUUUUAUUUCAUUUUUCGUUUCGAUUUAUUCUAUGUGCAAGCAUUUUACUGUGAAUACAAAUUCGGUUUCUGUCGGUAAAGAAAUAAACUCGCAUAAAUUUAUACAUAAUAAUUUUUCUAGUCGAUGA